UAUCUUACUGUCAAUUAUAGUGUUUACAGUGUUUAAGAAAUUGAACUGGGAACUGCAAGCAAAUCCUAACCCGUGUUUGUCUUAUCUAGUCGAAGUUAUCAAAAUUCAGAGGCAGCAGAAUCGUUACAGAAACAAACAGCUGUAGUCCAUUAGAGAAUUAAAUUAGUUGAUAUUGGACCUGGGUUGGAGUUCAGAUUCCUGAUGUCUUCUAUAUUCAGAAGCAGAGCUUGUUUUCCAAUUUGAUAAAGUUGUUGCAGCAAGCACACAGCCUCGUGGAUACGAACCAACCAACAUUAACUGGCAAGACAAGGUUUUUAACGUUUGGGUACGAGCGUUGCACAUACUUUGUUUUGAGUCCUUUCUUCAAGCAUAAUUACCCAAUAGAAAGACGGUGGGCUGGGCCUAGUUCAAGAUCUCAGCAUGGCUGUAGCCCUGCAUUAUGAUAUGCUGAAUGGGCCGCCUGAAUUUCGAGACCGUAACUGGUCCGGGAGAAGUGUCGAUUCUCCUAAGACCGGCAGACAUGAGAUUUCACGUUUACGAGGCAACGUUUACGAGUCGUACAUCCAUAGAAAGAAGAGCAGCGUGACGUCAAAGCCAAGAGUGGUCGUGAAUGUUUCGGGCAAACGUUUUGAGACAUUUACGCGAACAUUUACAUCGAAACCAAACUGUCUGCUGUCAAAAAAGGCACGUUCAAGCUACUACAACGAAGAUGCAAAUGAAUACUUCUUCGACCGAAAUGCAAAAGUUUUUGAAGCUUUACUCACAUACCUUCAAACUGGAAUCUUGGCCAAACCAGAUGCUGUGCCGGACAAAGUGUAUCUCGAUGAUCUUAGAUUUUUUGGCUUUGAAAACGAGGCUGUAGAUUUCUACAAAUCUCUGCUGCUCACGAUAGAGAGGCCAGUGUUCGAUUUGCCGAAAAACAAAUACCAACGUAAAAUUUGGGAAACAAUGGAAUACCCGAGUACAUCGCGGUUGGCGAAAAUAAUUUCUUUGAUUUCGACGUUUGUUAUCGUUGUAUCAAUUUUCGUAUUUUGCAUUGAAACAUUACCUUACUUUAAGGAGCAACCGAACGGCACCUCAACAGAAAUGUCUUUGAUCGCCAAAGACGUCUUCAUGUGGAUCGAAUCGAUUUGUGUCGCUUGGUUUACGAUUGAGUACCUGUUACGAUUAGCGACCUGUCCGCGAAAAUUUCGCUUUCUUUACCAGCCUUUGAAUAUCGUCGAUCUUGCUGCAAUAGUUCCAUUCUAUGUAAUAGUUGCAUUGGAAAAGACUGGGACUAGUCUGACGUCACUUGCUAUCUUACGGGUCUUGAGGCUUGUGAGGGUGUUUCGCAUUUUCAAGCUGUCCCGAUACUCGAAAGCCUUGCAAUUGCUUAUGCAGACACUCAGUUCCAGCGUCAAAGAGCUGUGCCUGCUGCUCUUUCUUCUCAUGGUCAUCACCAUCCUGUUUUCAAGUGCAUUUUACUAUUUUGAAACUGAAGGCAACCCCGACACAGACUUUUACAGCAUCCCACAUACGUUCUGGCUUUCCAUAGUUACCUUGACAACCGUUGGGUAUGGUGAUAUGGUUCCAGUCACUGUAGGAGGGAGAAUUGUCGGAGCUCUACUUGCCGUAACAGGAGUGUUGGUCGUCGCCUUACCCAUCCCGAUCAUUGUAAACAACUUCUCAAGAAUAUAUACGAGAAUCAUGAGUGACUCCUCCUACUUGGAUGAGCUUGCUUGCAUUGAAACUGAUGAUGGAGAGCUGCUCAUAGAAGAUGUUGUCACGUCCUUAUGAACAGGCAACCAUUUUGAUAAUGCCUCGAGCUCGUGGAAACUGACGUCACAGUAAUGAUCUACAGCACGGGAGGAUACUCUUCUUUUUUCAGAAACUUUUACGAUCGAUAAAAAUCUGCCCUAAAAAUCAACUUGAUAGAAAAAUGUUGCUGUUUUGACAAAAAAUGCAGAAAGUCUCAAUAAACCUCUAUAAACCUUAAUAUUUUCAUCAUAACAAUAUUUUCCAUGAAUUGAAUUUUUCCUGCUCUUGUCCUUUUGAACAUCAUGCGUUCACCUUUAUUUAACCUUGGAGACAAGCAUUUUUAGGCCAGAACUUUUUCACAUUAUAGAAUAUUUCACACUAUUUCAGAUUAUUUUGCUCAGCUCAACGCGGCUGAUUGCCUUUAACUAGAGUUUGUAAGUGAUUACAUCACAAAAAUAAACUUUUAGAAUUUUCGAACUUGGAUCCCAUAACCUGGAAAAACAUGAAAUACCUCUAACUGUGCAAGUUCAGUUAAAUGUAUUUCAUGUUAUGCGACCAUAAUUCGAAAUUCUAAAACUAAUUCUUUUGUGACGUCACACUUAAGAACGCUAUAUAUGAUCUUGUGAAAUUUAUUCUACCAUCAACAUGUAACAUGUACAUUCUUUUCCUAACGAAACUAGCAGCUUGUAAACAACUAUGAUAAGUAAACUUAUUCAUAUUUAUUCUAGCCUAUCUUUUUGAAUCCUUAUAAAAUAUAAUAGCUAGGCGUGGCAUGGGCGUGGUUGCUGAUAUGCCAUUAUUUUCAAUCACAGUAGUCAGCCAUUUGACUAAAGCUUUUUCUGGA